GAUUGCUGGAGACCCCGUGUUCAGGAUUUCCAUCAAACCGGAUAUUUAUGGAAAACUGGAUACUGACUCAUUUUCUGAACACCUCGAUGUUGAUACCAAGAAUGUUCUGCCACCAGGGGUAAUAAAGCAAAUGACUGCUUAUCGGCAACACAUGAAAAUUGUACAAGCCAAAUUUACUGUGAGAACAGAAGAUGGAACAAUGUUUGAAGACAGCAUUUUUAAUCAUCCACAUGUGGUUCCAAGCCUUCCCACACCAUCAGUCGAAGUGCAGGGCUUUCAUGAUCCGUUCCUGCAACCACCUGGCCCUGGUCUGAAAGCUUCCUUCAAGUCUUCAACUAAGCCAGGUGGUACAGAGGAGGAGACAACAAAGCCAGCAGGUUUCAGAAAGGAAAAUGGUAUGAGUAUUACUGAAAAUGCUCCACCAGAGCAAAAAAAAAAUGUCACUUUUAAUGUAACAGGUGAAAAUAGCAGAAGCGGUUUCUAA